GUUCCGCCCUUUAUCAUUGGCUUAGGAGAGUGAUCUGCCUCCAUUGCCUGUCGGCGACCAUGGAGAUGCGGCAGUAACGAAGGUGGCCGUCAAGAUGGCGGCCAAGCUAAGAGGCCGGGGGCUUCUCCAUCCUCCCCGGCCGCUCGGCGCCCUCCCGGCUCUCUUCGCCGUGCUGCUUUUGUCGGAUUCUGGUCCAGCCGCUGCUUCCCCGGUCUGUCACCACCGGGUUCCCAACGCCAGGGAGGUUAUCUACAAAGUUUAUCUUAAGGAAAAUCAUGUCAUGAAGAGAAAUGUUAAUGAACAACUAAGAAUUAAGAUUGUGUAUGACAGAAGUGUGGAGGAACUGCUGCCUGAAAAAAGGCACCUUAUAAAGAAUAAGCUUUUCCCACAAGCUAUUUCUUAUUUAGAGAAGACAUUUCAAGUUCAGAAACCUACUGGUACUGUCCUAUUAAGCAGACAGUGUGUGACAAACCAAUAUUUAAGGAAGAAGGAUGAUCCUCACAGAUACUGCCGAGGAGCCUGUGCAGAGCAUACAAGAUGUGGUCCAGUUAUCGUUCCUGAGGAACACCUGCAGCAGUGUCGGGUGUGUCGCGACAAUGGAGGGCUUUGUGGACCUGUUGGUGAAGCAGACCAGGAAGGGAUUCGAGAUACGGACUUUGUAUUGUAUGUUAGCGCGCUAACUACAGAAAGAUGUGGUCAAGAAAACAUUAUUGCAUACGCAGCAUACUGUCAGCUGGAAGCGGAUAUGGACAGACCAAUUGCAGGGUAUGCUAAUUUGUGUCCAAAUAUGAUUUCAACCCAAGCCCAAGAGUUUGUUGGCAUGUUGUCUACAGUGAAACAUGAAAUUAUUCAUGCUUUGGGUUUCUCUGCUGGACUAUUUGCAUUUUAUCGUGAUAGUGAUGGAAAUCCUUUGACAGCCAGAUAUGCAAGUGGACUGCCACCAUUUAAUGAAAGCCUUGGUGUAUAUCAGUGGAGCAAUAAAGUUGUACGUAAAGCAGUACGUUUGUGGGAUGUACGGGGUAAUAAGAUAUUGCAUCAUAAUAUAUUCCUUCUGAUAACUCCCAAAGUAAUUGAGGAGGCCCGAAAACAUUUUGACUGUCCAAUUUUAGAGGGGAUGGAACUUGAAAACCAAGGUGGCAUGGGCACAGAGCUGAAUCAUUGGGAAAAGCGUUUAUUAGAGAAUGAAGCCAUGACUGGAUCACAUACACAGAACAGGGUCUUCUCCCGGAUCACUUUGGCAUUAAUGGAAGAUACUGGCUGGUAUAAAGCCAAUUACAGCAUGGCAGAAAAACUAGACUGGGGCCGAGGUAAAGGCUGUGACUUUGUGAUGAAAAGUUGUAAGUUUUGGAUUGACCACAGGCGGAAAAAGAAAGAAUUGGUAGCCCCAUAUUGUGACACCCUGCGGAGUAAUCCACUGCAACUAACCUGCAGACAGGACCACAGAGCAGUAGCAGUCUGCAAUUUACAGAAGUUCUCUCAACAGCUUCCUCAGGAGUAUCAGUACUUUGACAGUCUGUAUGGAGUACCACAAGAAGAUUUGCCUUAUUAUGGGGGUUCAGUUGAAAUUGCUGACUACUGUCCUUUCAGUCAGGAAUUUAGCUGGCACUUAAGUGGCGAAUUUCAGCGCAGUUCAGACUGUAGAAUACUGGAAAAUCAACCAGAUCCUUUCAAAAACUAUGGUGCAGAGAAAUAUGGACCAAAUUCUGUUUGUCUCAUUCAGAAGUCAGCUUUUGUUAUGGAACAAUGCAGGAGGAAACUCAGUUACCCUGACUGGGGUAGUGGAUGUUACCAGGUUUCUUGUUCUCCCCGUGGAUUGACGGUCUGGGUCAAGGACAUGGCAUACCUGUGCAGUCACUCUGGUCAAAUUCUAAUGGUGAAUAUUCAGAUGAAUGGAUGGGUGCAUAUUGGGAAUCUGAUUUGCCCAGCAUGCUCAGACUUCUGUGAUUUCUGUCCACCUGAGCAAGAGCCUCCUCCAAUUGCUAAUUUGACGCGAGUUGCAUCUAUCGAUUUGUGUUCCUGUUCUCCCAGCCUUGUAGUAACCCUAUGGCUACUGAUGGCAAAUUUGCUUCCACUGCUGGCUGGAUUUCUUCUGUGUGCAUGGAGUUAAGACAUGCUCCCCGGUUGCUCUAUACAUCUAGAGUACAUUGCAUUUCCAUACAUCUCAAUGGCAGCUAUCUGGACAAACUAUCACACCUCCAUCUACCUUGUGGCAAGUAGCCCAGCUGAUCAUGUGCUGCAAGGUGCUAAACAUCAACUUCUAGACUUAAAGAGGCAAAGUUUACAGUGUCAUCUAAAUAAGUGCCAGUGUUAAUUAAAUGUCUUAUUUUCACAUUGGUAACAAAUUUGGGGGAACAGCUUGCCAGUUGUAUUAUACUAUCUGUUGCUACUGGUCCAGAGCACUUUUGUUUUGCACAAUUCUGAGACUAGUAACAGGAUUUUUGGCAUCCUUAGGCAGAUAUACCUCAAUUUCCUUUAGUUAAAAGCCAUGAAAAUUGUUUGCCAUCGCUGCUAGUAACUGAUGUCCAGUAAGGCUUUAUGGAGUUCCAAAAAGAGUUAAUAUUUUGGUACUGGUUUGGAAGCUAUCAGAAGUAUUCUCUACCUUGUACACCCUGAGAGUUUGUAGUUAUUUCUUCUGUGAAGGCCUGCUGCUUAGACUAAGAGGGAAUGUCUCAGUAACUGCACAUCAUGCACUUUUAGUAUCGUUGAAUAAUGGAAAUAUUCCUUCUUUUGUGAAAAAACAUCACUCUAGCCUACCAUUGCUUUUAAGAUACUAAAAGCACAAAUCCUAUGCAUGUCCACUUAGAAGUAAGUCCUGCUGAAUUCAGUUCGGCCUGUCACCAGAUAAGAUGGUACAGGAUUGCAGCCUAGCACUAAUCUGAAACAUGCUUCAGAUGUAAGCUUUCCUGAAUUCAAUUGAACUUAUUUCUGAGUAAACACGUUUUGGAAUAGGCUGCACAUGUUAACUUUCUUACAAGGUAAUAUGAAGAAAUAGGAAGCUGUCAUUCAUGAAAGUUUUUCACUGCACUGGCCUUUAUUUUUAACCUCUCAAUAUGUUCCAAACUUUGCAAGGCUCAAGCAUUCAGCUGAGGCUCCCCCCCACACACACACACACUUGUAGGUGAGCAGGCCAAAAGAGCAAACUAAAACAAAAAUCAUACUUAGGUUGGAAAAUACCUAAGGUUUUGUUAGGUAAAACAUUAGUGGUGACAAUAACUAUAAAUCUUCCUGAUACCAUAUUGACUCAUUUGGGCCCAAACUGAAGAAUUUUAUUACCAAGGACACUUGUUGCAAGAUUGAAGGCUGAUCCUAGUUAUGCUGGGUAUAUGAAGAUUUAAAUAUACUUUUUGAAGUAUGCUGGUUAGUGGCUGUGCCACCAAGAAAUGGUUAGGUUGUUUAAAAUAUCAGUGAGCAACUUGCAAAUGAAGAAUCAGUUUCCAAGACAAUGGAAAGCCCUCAGGGACCACAGUUGUGGUAAUGUUCUUUCCUUAUAACUGGCACUUACUGGAUCAUGUCUCUGGAUUGGAGGACUUGUACCUGUCUGUCCCGAUUCAUUGAAAGCUGUGGCUCCUGGAGAUGCUGGACUGGGAGUACUUCUUUAAACAAGGAAAUUUUGAUCUGUAACGUUUAGUUCAGUCCUGCCUUUCAAAAUCAGUACAGUGGAAGUAGGCUAGACUGCAAGGGAGUUUGUCAUCGCAGCAAACUGCACCACUUCUAUUUUGUAUAAACAAUCCCCAGGUUGUAGGCUGUUGCACCAUGUGUGGAUCCAGCCACUCUCAGCCUGAUGACUUGCACACUCUCCAUGUCCCACCUAAUUGGGGGUUAAUGAAGUCAAGAUUUGCAACCGUGGUAUAUGAAAUAGGUCAGUUUGGUGAAGCCAGAUCCUUGAAUAAGAAUCCAGUGGACUCUUCCAUUAAUUCUGAGCACAGCUUCAUCUAAAAUAGUGCCUGCUAGAUAUCCUUAAAAUAAUUUUUUGAAAGAGGGUUUCUUCCAAACAGGUAGAAUCAGUCAUCUGCUUCUUUAUCAGAAGCAUGAGAAGGGUUUCUGAAGAAUGGGAUGGUAUAUGUUCAGAUAUUUGGGUAUAUUAUGUACACUACAUAACAUACUAUGUAAGUAUAAUUCUACAUUAUAUUAUAUACGCUACAUUAUAAUACACCUCAGUUACCCCUAAAUUAGCCUUAAAUGGGAUGGGGACAGGGAAGGAAGGCAUGGAAAUAGCAAUAAAAUGAUAGAAUUAAGAAAUGCUUUAAACAUGUACAAUUUGAAAGAUGAAUGGGAACUUUCUAAACAGCUGAAAAAUUAGUGUGAAACAGUUCCAUGAAUUCAAAGAGUAGAAACUGUUUUUUAUCUGUGCAAUAAUAGACCUUAACUAGCAUCUUCUAGGGAUGCUUUUACAUACUUGAACUUUUUUUUCUUGUCUGUCUUGAAGAAAAACAAUUGCACUGUAUCAACUUUUGGCUAACUUUAUAUAUAAGUAUUUAUACCAAUGUCAAUGUAUGAUUUUUGUUGUUGUAAAAGUGAACUUUGUCAUCAUUGACUGAGAAAUGGUUUGUCUCCUGCUGAGCAUAAAUUGGUCCAGUGGAGGAUUUAAUGAAAUGGAGAAAUUGCUGAAAAGGUUUGCAACAUGAAGCUAGUGAUUGUAGCACACAGUUUUGAGAGUGUUUGUCUGUUCUACCUUUCCAUGCAGAUGCUAGUUACUUCAAUGGAUCUAGUAAAGUAAAAUGCAAUCGCUUUAAGUCUGAGGACACACUAGCAUUUGAUUAUCUAGUUCCAACCUAUGGAUCUGGAAGUGAAUUCAGAAAUCUCCCAACUUUAAAUUUUAAAUCAUCCACUCUACUGCAUUACUAAGCCAAAUUGUGGUAGGCCAGGCAAGGAAACCUUCAUAUAACACGCUUUUACAGAAUGAUGUCAUGAGCGUGUUUUACAGGUACAAGGCCUACCGAUGUUGUUGCUAUCUCAGAUAUUCCAACUGUUCCUGAGCAACUUUCAGAAAAACUGUCUAGAUUCUAAAGGGUUGCCAAACCAUGGAAUAAUCUGGGAGCUGAUGCUAUCUAUGCCUGAGGCAUUUAUAAAAUUCUAGUAGCUUCUUGUCUUAAGUUAUAAACAGACUUGUUUUGUGUAAAUCAAGCCUAUCAGUUCAGUGGAAUAAAUCCUUCCCACACUGGAAUAUACCUAUUCAUAGACCAACUGUAUGAAUAGGUAUUUCUGUGUGAAUAGGUAUUUAGAUCUGUGAAAUCUGCUUGUCUGUUUCAGGUCCACUUCUUUUGACUGCUUGAGAUUUUAAGAUUAACAGUGACACAAAAUGUUUCAUCAAAAACUUGUUAGGGUUUUAGAGCAAAGUGCCACAAUAGAAAGGUGUAACCUGUUUUUUCAAAAUGCAGAAACUAACUCUGUAUCCCUUUCUUUAAAUAGAAAUUAGCAGGAAGUGGAGGGGAUUUUGUUACAAACUGUGUACAGAAUUCUAGCUGCAGUGCAGUUCAGCAUUUGUAUUCUUAAAUACAAGAUCACACUGCCGCUACUUUUCUUCCUCGACACGAACAGUAUAUGGCUAUAUUUAGCCUGCCCUUGUACCACACAGCCCUAUCGCAACUCACCAGCAAACCUGUCAUUUUAGACAAUGGAGGAACUUUCUUGGUGAAAAAUCCUGAUGGAACAUCACAUCACUUCUCCCUUGCUGUACACAAUAGCCUCUAGAAAGUUUCAGCUACAUUGUGAGGAGGAAAACGACAGUUGUGAAAAUUGGUUUCCUAUAAAAGCUGCUCAAGUUUAUAUAUCUUCAGCGACUGGGCUGUGUCCAUUUUUAUGGUACAGUUUUGCUCAAACAAAUGGUUUGAAAAAAAUUAUUCUUGAUUGAAUGAUUUCUCCAAGCCCAUGAACUGCUCUCUGUUUCAGACCUGCUGCUUUCUUAACCCCAGGGAGACCCUUGGACCUAGAUACUACUGAACAUCAUACUAAAGUUUUUCCCAAUUUGUGUAUUUCAUGUGUCUCAAUAUGAUGUGUAUCUUUUCAAAGGAAGGUGGGAAAUCUUACUGUAUUCUGUUUCUGCUUAUACAGGCCAAAACUAAUUUUUGCUCUUUUACAUGAUAAACACUAUGCCUCUGUAGUUCUCCAGAGUUUCUGGAUCUGUUAUGCAGAUUGUAGUUGGGUGGUUCAAGAUCUGUUGUGAGUGUCUGUUCAAGAAGUGUACAAAUGCUUAUUCUAUAGGGGCCAAGGAUGUGGUGGGAGCUGAUCCAAAUCAUGCUUUGUAUAUAUGUCUGUUUCUCUGUAUCACCUUUUUAAAAACAUGUAAAUAUUAAUUUGCAGAUUGAUAAACUUACUUGGAAUUACUGAAACUAGUGUUUGCAGUAUGCUGAUACUAUAAAAUGUAAAUACAGAAUUAUUUCCCAGUUCUUUUUGUGAAUGGAUUUGAAAGCUAGAUAUAUAUGUGGUGUUUAUAUAUAUAAUGCAAAUAUUUUUAAGUAUGUGGAAGAUUCUUUUAGCAUAAAUAGAGCACUGUUAUGUUAACUAAAUUAAACGUUGUUU